AUGGGGAGCGAUCGCUUUGACAUGGUUGUUGCCUUCCAUCAAUUCUCUUUUUUGGCCACAGGCAUCUUUUCAACACUUGGCGUGCAGUGGUUGUUUUACGCAGGAGCUGCCAGUGGAUCAAGCUUCUUCACACAGUUGUCUGGUUACACUGGAAGUGUGAUGGUUGGCCUUUUGAUCCCAUGGAUGGUAUCACGGCGACGCGCGCUUUAUCAACAUUCGACAUGCCCUUCUGACAAGGAAAAAACGGAUUUCAUGGAUAAUUGUUCUGUGAUUGAGCGCACCGAAAACCACAGCAAAGGUCAAACAGCGGUCGAUGGCCCAGUGAUCCAUACCACAGUCGCCAAGCUUGCAAGUAUUGAUGUCAUUGCUGGAUCCUUUGUCACUCUUGGAUUUUCGCUUAUAGGCAGUGGGAUGUACCAAGUGAUAUUUAGCAGCGUAGUAAUAUGGUGUGCCAUACUCAACUACUUUUUAUUACAUCGUGUCCUAUCCUUUUGGCAAUGGGUAGCCAUCUUUGGUACAAGUGCAGGAUUGACCCUGUGUGCUUUUGAGAAUAUGACUAUGCCACAAGCAGGUAGCAAUAUGUCUGGAGGAUUGGCAUUUGGCACUCUUAUGGCUCUAGGUGGCACAUUCCUUUACGCAUGCAUGUAUGUAUAUGCCGAUUGCAUCCUUUCCAAACAGAAACCACCACCGCUUCCAGUACGCCUAUGCUUCUACAAUGGUCUCUAUACGACAAUGUUUGCCCUCAUAUAUAUCGGGCUAUACACCGUGCCACACUUAGAUGACAUGAUCCAUAUCCAGCCCGAUGUCACUCGUUGGCAAGUUUUUACCAUGUACAGUUUCAUCACCAUCGUCAACGCUACACAUUCUUGGAAUUAUUAUGAGCUAAUUGAUCGUACUGGCAGUGUCGCCACAGGGAUCUUGCAGGCUGUAAGAGCAGUACUUGUGUAUGGUAUCAGCCAUUUGUGGUAUUGCGCAAACGACUCGGCUCAAUGCUUCACCGUAAAGAAGGGAUUUGGAUCCUUACUUGUAAUCAGCUGUGUAUUACUGUACACAUAUGCCAGCAAAAAGUGA